CACGUACACCUCAACGCAAUACUCCGAAACUUGGCCAGGUUGGAACUCUGACUGCUACACUCAUUGCGCGACUUUACCGCGACCAGACGUCGCACAGCGCUGCGGGAUCAGCGCCACAUACAGCCCUCAUCGAGACCAAACGACCCACCCCUCGCGACCAGCAACACCUUUCAAUAUGGCACGCGAACAGGACAGCGAUGUGCCUCAACCAGGCCCCGCGACGCUAUCUUCCCAUGCCGGACCAGACGAAUGGCUGGAGCAGGCGAAGCUGUGCCGCUACCUGCCCGAAGCCGACAUGAAACGCCUCUGUGAGAUCGUCAAAGAAUGCCUCAUGGAGGAGUCGAACAUCCAGCCCGUUGAAGCGCCAGUCACAGUUUGCGGUGAUAUCCACGGCCAAUUCUACGAUCUACUGGAGCUAUUCAAUGUAGCAGGUGGAAUGCCGGGCGAAGUGGACCAACGCGCGGCCGAGAAAGCAGCGGCUGAAAGAGAGGCGACGAAGAAGGGCAAGAGGAGUAGUAUGUCCUCUGGAACGACUGCCAUCAGUGCUGCCGAUAUUGAGCCUCCGACACAAAUCACAGACCCAAAGGUGAAGAGGAAGAUGAAGAGGAGAUUCCAGAGAGAUAGUGCUUACACAUCUGCGGCGAGUGAGGAUGGGAGUCAAACUGGUGAGGAAGGCGAGGAGGAGAGAGGAAGAGUGCGGAGUCGAAGUAUGGGCGAGGCCGUAGAUGAUGGGGACGAUGUCGAAGACGAUGUCUCAGAUGAUUCUGGACUGGGUGUCAGGAGUCCUGGGCCAAGCCGAAGCAAGAGCACGACGAAGAAGGCCGAUCACGCGAACGGAAUGCAGAACUUCGUCUUCCUUGGAGAUUUUGUGGACCGAGGAUACUUUUCCCUUGAGACUUUUACAUUGUUGAUGUGUUUGAAGGCAAAGUAUCCAGAUAAAGUCACACUCGUGCGAGGAAAUCACGAAUCACGACAGAUUACGCAAGUUUACGGCUUCUACGAAGAGUGUCAACAGAAAUAUGGCAACGCAAGUGUCUGGAAGUCUUGCUGCCAAGUAUUCGACUUUCUGGCUCUGGCAGCCAUAAUCGACGGCAAAGUGCUGUGUGUGCAUGGAGGUUUGUCACCUGAGAUCCGAACGCUCGACCAAAUCCGCGUCGUGGCACGAGCACAGGAGAUUCCACAUGAAGGCGCAUUCUGUGAUCUUGUCUGGUCAGAUCCUGAAGAGGUCGAUACAUGGGCUGUUUCACCUAGAGGUGCAGGUUGGUUAUUUGGAGACAAAGUUUCCAGCGAGUUCAACCACGUCAACGGCCUAUCACUGAUUGCUCGUGCCCAUCAACUCGUCAACGAGGGCUACAAAUACCAUUUCGCCUCUCAAGACGUGGUAACAGUCUGGUCUGCACCAAACUAUUGCUACAGAUGUGGCAAUGUCGCCUCCAUCAUGACACUUGGAGAGGAUCUGGAGCCGGACUUCAAGAUUUUCAGUGCUGUGCCGGACCAUCGACGAGCCGUACCCGCCGGAAGACAAGGGAGAGGAGAGUAUUUCUUGUGAGCCCAGUAUGACCAUGAUGAGAUAUGAGAAUUGGGGAACAUGUGAAAGGUGGUAUUAGUGCUUCUGAUGAUACCUAAACUUUUAUGCAAGACGGAACUCGACCUGAGGAUGGACGGUCGGACGAGGAAUGGCACGCGCAGGCAUGGUGGCGUUUUUUUCUUUCUCAUGCUUACUUGCAGAGACCUGUACAAUACGCGUGUAUGAGCUUUGCUCGGCAUGAUACCCUGACAACAUUUCUUUCCAGGACGAGAAUUACGACGAC